AUGAUCAAGGCAAUAUUCUACAGCAAAUUCGACACGCAGGAAGGUCCGAAAGUCGUCCACCAAGUCCCCGACGGGGCGAUUGUUCCAUCCUCGACCGCGCCCGCACAGCCCCUCUUCCUGCCCUUCUCCGACGUCUCGUUCUUUGUGAUUCCUCGCCAGGAGCUCUGCGGCAAUCUGCUGCAGGUCUGUACCAAUGGAUAUCGAAUCCUGGGCUAUCCUAUUUGCAUGAAGUCGGCCCGUUAUGACCGCAAUGAGUUCAUCUUCAAUUUCUGCAUAGUGCUCGCCGAGGAGGACGAUUUCAGCACAUACCGGAGCGUGGUGCAGAAGCUUGCUGAUCUGAUGCAUGCCCUGGAAGAGCAGAAUGGCUUUUUAUCACGAGACUUCUCGAAAAGCGGGGAGGGCAAGGUGCACAGUCUGUGCGAGAUGUUGAUGGAAGACCUCAACAACUACUGCGAAUGCAUGAUUCCUAUCGACGACCUUAACACACUGAACAUUAAAUUGUUCCCUAUAUACCCAUCUCCCCCGGGUGUCAAGGCGUGGCAUGUGCCCUUGUUCACGGUUCGAUACCAGGCCUUCAUGGACGAGAAUUGGGACUUGACUCUGCAACGGAUUGUGCCACAUAUAAAUGGUGUCCACAGUGUGCGCAUAAUCUCCAUUCUCGCCGAUACAGACUUCUCUCUCACCUGUCGUGCUAUCCGCCAUCUCUUAUACUAUGGAUGUCUAUUCAUCCUCGACAUUUUUUCAUUCUCGGCUAUAUAUGCCCCCACAGCGCAAUUCAGCUCAACAAUAUCGUCAGAUGAAUCAAUGCAACUAGAAUGCGCACGCUACGUAAACACCCGAUUUGCACCACAUCCUCCCAUCGGGCCCCGAACACCCCUCCCCCCAGCACCAGCAGCCGCCAGCAGCGGGAGCGGCGGCGGAGUCAGCGCAUUAGCAAGCUCACUCACCGACCACGCUGCCAGCAUGUCCCGCGACGACUCCGGCUUCGACGCAGAAGAGAUCUGGCCACUCCUCGGCGAAACCGAAGACAACCUGAAGGGCACCGGCAAAGCAGUCCCGAGCUCGACACCCGAAGACGGCGUGAUCUCAGCCCCUCCAGGCCAAGGGCACCGGGUCGUCGACGGUGUGGGAAUAGUCGAGCUAUAUGCGAGUUUAAAGCAAGGCCAGAGCGUGAAACAGUGGUACUCGACUCACAGCCGCGAACUGGCCAACAUCGAUAUCCGCCGCUUCAUCACAUUCGGCGUCAUCAAGGGCUUUGUCUACCGUGUUCAUAAGUACGCGUGUGCGACUGGUCAGCCUGCGCCGCCGGCUCGGUCUUCGAAUAUCUUGCCGCAUACUUCGACUGGGCCGUCUUCGCGCGCUACUACGGGGACUAAUACGCCCUUCGCUGCGUCUAGUGCCGGUGACGAGACGCCUAUCUCGGCGGCGGCGAGGAGGGAUGCGAGUCGGGAACGGUCGGGGUCUUUUCAUAGUGGGAGUCGGAGUGGGCAGGGGGUUGGGGGUGCGCUGUUUGAGGAGGAAGAUGAUGAUGAGAUUGAUGAUCGGACGAUGUCGAAGUAUCUGGAUGGGACGCAUUCGUUUGAUCAGAUUUGUACGGAGUUGGAGAUUAGCGAGCGGGAUUUGACGAUUCGGUUGAAGAGGUAUCCUGGGGAGGUUUUGAUACUUCAUCGGUGA